ACCUCCAUCCUGGAUUGAACACAAGCUCUGGCAGGUUUGCCGACUCUUUCCAGUUGUCGUCUGACACACUCGCAGGGCAGGAGCGCCUGAGCCCACCGGAACCGAGGUCACGAGCCGUCAAGUUCAAGCCAUCGUUGCUUGGCCUGAGCGUCCUACCCCAGACGAUAUAACACGAUGGAGACGCCGGCGUUUCUGCGCUCCGCCAUGCCCCGGACGCCUUCAAUCCUACCAUUUCUGAGAAGCGGCACGUAGUUUGUUCUGUGUAUUUUUUUACUGGGAGCCAUGGGGAAGCCUGCGCGUUACAACUUCGACGUGCGCCCUGCCGCGCAUUCUGACGCUAUUGUUGCGGGCGACAAGUAUCGAUUCACUAUCCUUACAGACGGCCUCCUGCGAUUCGAAUGGUCUGAGGAUGGCAAGUUCGAGGACCGAGCAUCUACCUUUGCGGUAAACCGAAAACUGGCCGUGCCCGACUUCUAUGUAUGGGACCGCGGCCAUGGUAUCGAGAUCGUCACGAAACGCUUCCAUGUAAUCUACGACAAGAGGAAGUUCAGCGCGGAGGGACUCAAGAUCAACUUGAAGGGCAAUGUGAUGGGCAGUUGGACGUACGGGCAAGAUGUCUCGAACCUGGGGGGAACGACACGCACAUUGGACGGGGUCAAUGGCAGAACAGAAUUAGGACCAGGUGUUCUGUCGAGAGACGGUAUUGCUGUCUUGGAUGAUAGCAAGUCCAUGCUGUUCGAAAAAGAUGGGUGGAUCACAGGCCGCAGGAACGGCGACGACAUCGACCAAUACAUCUUCAUGUACGGCCGCGACUACCGUGAAGCUGUGCGCGCAUACUACGCCGUCUCUGGCAGCCAGCCACUUCUCCCGCGAUACGCGAUGGGCAAUUGGUGGAGUCGCUACCACGCAUAUGACGAGAAGGAAUACAUGGAGCUGCACGAUCAUUUCGAGAAGGACGAUGUCCCUAUGAAUGUGGCUGUUGUGGACAUGGAUUGGCAUCUUGUCUGGGAUCUGCCUGAUGGUAUCAAUGGCUGGACGGGAUACACCUGGAACAAGGAACUUUUCCCAGAUCCAGACGCUUUCAUGAAGAAGCUGCAUGAUCGUGGUAUGAAGUUAACACUGAACCUGCACCCUGCAGAUGGAUUCAGGUGGCACGAAGCUCAGUACGCAGAGGUUGCGAGGUACCUGGGUAUCGAUCCAGCAAGCAAGAAGACUAUUGAGUUUGAUUGCACAGACAGGACGUUCAUGGAUGCAUACUUUGACAUCGUCCACCACCAACAUGAGGCUCGUGGCGUCGAUUUCUGGUGGGUCGACUGGCAGCAAGGCAACACAUCCAAGAUACCCGGUGUCGAUCCGCUCUGGGUGCUCAACCACUUCCAUUUUCUCGACAGUGGCCGAGGGUCACAGAGGCCAUUAAUUCUUUCACGCUUCGGAGGUCCAGGUGCGCAGCGGUACCAGAUCGGAUUCUCUGGCGAUACAAUUAUCACAUGGGAGUCGUUGAACUUCCAGCCUGAGUUCACAGCCACAUCAUCCAACAUCGGGUACGGAUGGUGGAGUAACGACAUUGGUGGCCACACCCAUGGCUUCAAAGAUGACGAAUUGACAACAAGAUGGGUACAGCUGGGCUGCUACUCGCCCAUUCUACGACUGCACUCGGACAACAACCCCUUCAACACUAGAGAACCAUGGCGCUUCAACGAGGAAAGUCGAGUAAUCAUGGAAGAUACUCUCCGCUUCCGCCACCGACUGAUCCCGUACCUCUACACAAUGAACGCUCGCUCAGCUUCAGACGACGAGCCGCUCGUCCAGCCCAUGUACUGGGAUUAUCCUGAAGAAGAUUCGGCAUACAAUGUCCCCAACCAGUUCCGCUUCGGCAGCGAGCUCAUCGUGUCUCCUAUCACUCAACGCCGCGACAACACCACUCAUCUCGGCGGCGCCAAAACCUGGCUGCCAAGCGGCCGCUACGUCGACAUCUUCACCGGCGUAGUCUACAACCGCAAGGGCGACCUGCAAGUCCACCGCCCGCUGCACCAGACCCCCGUGUUCGUUCGCGAAGGCGCCAUCGUUCCCCUCGACGGGGCCUGGCGUCCCAAGAGCGGCAGCCCGAACCCCGAAAGCCUGGAAAUCCUCCUCGCCGUCGGCGCAGAUGGCUCCUUCACCCUUAUCGAAGACGACGGUAGCGGCUCCCAAGUCGACGACGGCGGUUUCCGCAUGAUCGACGACGAAGGCGUCGAGGCCUCAGCGGACAAGAUAGUGCACUUCAGCUACACGCCGAUCACAUACAAGCAGUCGACCGGCGUGGUGAAAAUCGGUCCCACCAGCCCGUCUAAUCCUGCUAUACCUAAGAACAGGACGUGGAAGAUCAGGCUGCUGGCUCAUACGCCGACUCGAGAUGCGGAGAUUCGGUGCAUCUCCAUGAGCCCCAACAUGAAGCGCAAUGCCAAACCGCUCUCCUACACCACUUCCAGCGAGAGCAACGGCACUGUCAUCACACUCAGUUCUAUCCCAACAGAUAACUCGUGCAUCAUUGAGCUCGGGUUUACAUCUCCAUCUGGGCCACAGCUGGAUGUCAUCGACCCGAACCCGAAGAUCUGGGACAUCAUUGAUAAGGCGUGGAUCGAGAUGGAUCAGAAGUGGGAUAUCUGGAAUUGUGUCAACAAUAGCGAACCGGUGCUGAACAAGGUCAGGGCGUUGAGUGGCAGGGGGUUGAAGCGAGAAUUGUUAGACGCCAUACUCGAGCUUCUUCUGGCAGACGAGCGGUAUGCUGGAGCGGGGGCGGGCGAUGAGAUGGUGAUGUGA